GAGCUCGUCACGUGACCGACCGUGACGUCAGUCACUUCCGGCCAUUUACGUUUCUCGUCCCAUCCCCGUCAGAUUUCGUCGAGCUACUGUGCGGCCAAAUUUAUCGCGAGACAUCCACUGUUCUUGUUCACGCAGGGCAGGUGUAUUUUCGACCAAGGAUCAAAUUUAUCUGUCUAUGUCCAUCCAGAAUUUAAACACAUUCGACCCCUUUGCAGAUGCAAUCAAGGGUGCAGAUGAUGAUGUCCAAGACGGUCUCGUGCACAUAAGAAUCCAACAGCGCAAUGGUCGCAAGACUCUAACUACAGUGCAAGGACUUUCUUCAGAGUAUGACCUGAAGAAAAUUGUCCGAGCAUGUAAAAAGGAGUUUGCCUGCAAUGGCACUGUAAUUGAACACCCAGAAUACGGCGAGGUGCUUCAGCUGCAGGGCGACCAGCGGGAAAACAUCUGCCAGUGGCUCACCAAGUCUGGUCUGGCCAAGCCAGACCAGCUCAAGGUGCACGGCUUCUAGGCAUGGUCUCUUAUUAGCUCACUGUUCGGAGCUAAAUUCCUUUCUGUUUCAAAUUUUCGAUUUUACCCUUCCACGAUUUAUAUUAAAAAUGACAGGAAUUAUGAGUUAGCAUGUACCUUGGCACCAUUGAUGACUUCAGAGAACUAGUCCCUCAAUAGGGAUAAAACAAAAUCACUAGCUUUCAGUUUCUGUUUAGUAGAACAACUCAUCAAAAUGUCCAAGUUUGUACUGUACAGUUACUAUUUUUGUAUAGGGUGCCUUUCUCUUGAAUGUGUCAUAGUUGCCUCAACAACUUUGGGCUGAUUGUUUUAAAUGUUUUAAUUUUGACAUGACGCUGCCCUAAUGCAAUUGUUUUAUCAGGGUUCAUUAACUUCAUUCAAUUCAAGAGUAAAGAUGUACUACCUCUUAAACUUUGCCUAGCUUUUUAAUUUCCCAUUCAUGUGACUUCAUUUAUUUGUAGUCUUUCUAAAUUAUUUCUUUUCACCAUGCAAGUUUUCACUUAAUAAAUGCUUUUUAAAAUAAAA